GCUCUGCCACUGAGCUACAACACUAGCCCAUAAAUUCUUAUAUUUUUGCUUCCUAAAUCAAAUACAAAACAAAAAUAAACAAACAAAACCCCUACAAGGAAUGCUUGAAUGGGCAAUAUUUUACUUAAGAGUUCACUAGUCCUUCCUCCUAAAAUGAUUUAGUUCAUUUCCUUUUCUAUUCACAAGUAUAGUAAACCUAAGGAGAUCCUUGAUAAUUGUGAGUUAUAAGUUGGACUCUUUCAGAGAACCUAGAACAAUGGUAUUAUUUGAGUUCAUACUUAGCUCUUCCACUGGACUGUCAAUCCCUUAGAUCAAAAACCAUAUCUUACUCAUUUUGUGUCUCAGUGUCUGACUUUGAUCCUCACUAUAUAUUUUUCCAGUUUAUCUUCAUUUCUCAUUCUAGGAAUAAGAAGUUGGUUGAAUGACUACUAGUCUUUAGAAGUUGACAUCAUGACUGCUAUCUUCCUGAUGUCCAUGCUUUUUGGUCUUGCAUGUGGGCAAGCAAUGACUUUUUGUAUUCCAACCGAGUAUACAAUGCAUGUCGAUAGGAGAGAGUGUGCUUAUUGCCUAACCAUCAACACCACCAUCUGUGCUGGAUAUUGUAUGACACGGGAUAUCAAUGGCAAGCUGUUUCUUCCCAAAUAUGCCCUCUCCCAAGAUGUGUGUACAUAUAGAGACUUCAUCUACAGGACUGUAGAAAUACCAGGAUGCCCACAUCAUGUUGCUCCAUAUUUCUCCUACCCUGUCGCUGUAAGCUGCAAAUGCGGCAAAUGUAACACUGAUUAUAGUGACUGUGUACAUGAGGCCAUCAAGACAAACUACUGCACCAAACCUCAGAAGUCCUAUCUGCUGGGAUUUUCUGUGUAGCUUUAAGAGCAAUAUAAUUUGCGAUUUGGUUAAAUGUGUUUACCUGGGGAAAAAAAAAGCCUAAUAAAAUGUCAUUAUGUUUGACAAUA